AGCUGAGGGAACCUUAAGAGCCCGCGGGAAGGGGGCGGGGCUCCGGGCUGCGGGGCGGGGCGUGCGCUGGAGAUUGGCACGUGAUAGAGGAUGGAGUGGGAGAGGAAAGAAAAAGGGGUUGGAGAGUAGCACAUGCUUCGGGGGCGAAGGGCGCGUGCGUGGAGGAGGAACACGCCGGGGCUGGCACCUUGAGCAGCGGGAUGUAUCAGCUGCACGGGGAACGGGGUGGGGCCGGAGAAGUCAUGAGUCCGGCAUUGGGCAGCGACUUUGUAGAUAAGAUCUGGAAAAACCUUAGGAAAAUGUCAGCAAGAGAGGUGAAGCAAGAGCCCCAGGGGGUUGGGGUGCAGCUCUCUAGCCCCUCUGUUUCCCUUGGAAGCCUAGGCAAGACUCGAUGCCCAAUGUGCAUGGAGCUUUUUAAAGUGCCCAGGAUCUUGCCAUGCUUGCACACAUUUUGCACGACCUGCCUAGAAAAGUUGGAGCCCUUCUCCGUACUGGCCAUGCGACCAUCAGACCUAGAAACGACCUCGGAGGAUGCAAGGCCUUGGGAUAAGCAGCCUCAGCAGCAGGAGUCACAGCUGAGCAUCCUCUGUCCAGUCUGUGAUACGGAGGUGGACCUGCCUCCAGGAGGAGUGAAGUCCCUGACUAUGGACCACCUGGCUGUGAAUGAGGUGCUGCAGCAAAACCUACAAGAGGACAUGCCGGGUGUGGUGUGUGAUCUGUGCAGUGACAGGGAGGUGGAUAAUCGUUGUCUCACCUGCAAGGUGAAUCUGUGCCAGUUCUGCAGUCAGGCUCAUAGGCGGCAAAAAAAAACUUCUUCCCAUUCUGUCAUGCCUAUGAAGGACCUGAAAGGAUAUAGCCAGAUUGGGAAGCAAAUUAUGUGUUCCACCCACCCUGCUGAGGAGCUGAAUCUGUUCUGCGAGCAGUGUGACCAGCCAAUGUGUGGGGUCUGUGCGCUAGGUGAACAUCGGGGGCACACCUAUGACUUGAUCGGCAACAUUAUCCACAAGCAUGGGAACUCCAUGCGGGAGCUCCUCCACAGCACCCAGCCCCACGUGGGCUCCUUAGAGAGAGCCCUGGCCCAGAUUGAGGGGGUGGGAAGUGCCCUCCGUUGCCGCAUGGAUGCCCUAUCUGCUGACAUCCGGGAGUUUUGCGAUGGCUACAUCACUGCUAUCAGAGAACAUCGUGAUCAGUUGCUGAAACAAUUGGAAGACCUCCGGAUCCAGAAAGAGAAUUCUCUGCACCUUCAGAAGAUCCAGGUGGAGCAGCUGCUAGCAGAUCUGCGGACAGGCGUGGAGUUCACAGAACACUUACUGAGCAAUGGCUCCGACCUGGAAAUUCUCAUCACCAAGGAGGUCGUAGUGAAUCGGCUGAAGAAGCUCAAGAAAGCUGACUACAGCAUUGGCCCUGGGGUAGAUGAUGGCAUAUGCUUCUCCCCACAGGAGAAGGCGGGCCAGUAUGGUGGCUAUGAAGUUUUUGGAGCAAUUCUCACCAAAGGGGUGGAUCCUGCCCAGUGCAUUCUCCAAGGGGAAGACAUCCACAAAGCUUGGGAAAAGCAGAAAGUCACUUUUACUCUGCUCUGCAGAGAUAUAUUAGGGGAGUCCAUGGGCAGAGGAGGAGAGCACAUCCGAGUGAGCGUCAUCCAUAAAAACAAGAAGGACUGUGUUCUUAAGACGAUGGUUCAGGAUAACAACAAUGGAACUUACGCCAUUUCCUUUAUCCCCGAGGACCCCGGCCCCUAUACUGUGUGCGUCUGUGUCAGAGAGCAGCACGUCCAGUUCUGUGUGACCCCGUUUAAAGUUUUCUUGGCAAAGAGACCGGGGCGGUUUGCUAUUUCCUUCUCCAGCUCAUUUUACAGAUAAGGAAACUGAGGCAAACAAGGUUAGUGACCUGCCCAGAGUUACCCAGACCUAUUUGUUGUGCCACUUUCUGCCCCAAAUGAUUGGGAAUUAUUCUUUUAAUCAUGAGUUAUUAUUUUAUUAGCACAUAGGCAGCACAGGGCAAGUGGGAGAGACCUUUGAGUGAGUCCCAGAGAGCAUUUCUGGACUUCAGCUGCCUGCCACAGAGCUUUACAAUAACUUCAGAGUGCACUGAGGGUCUGUGGGGACAAGGGGGACAAAGUCUUGCCUCCUUUGCAGGAGCAGGAGCACAAGCAGAUACAGAGGCCCAUGUUUGGUGGGACAGACCUUACCUCCUGACCAGCUUGGGGACAGUCCUCAACUUGGUGUUUCUUCCACUAGGCCUGGAAUGGACACUUGCUCACGGGCCCCUGCUCUGUGGUCUUUAU